AUGGCGGCACGCACCUAUGCCCCCGAAAUCAGCUGGGACUCCGAGGUACGGCAGUACCUGGAGGCCGCCCUGGGCCCACAGAAGCUGGCCGAGAUAUCGGCGGCGCUGGCGAGGCCUCCCCUGGCCACCUGCCUGCGGGUCAACACGCUGCGCACCAGCCCGCAGGACCUGCUGCGCCGCCUGCCCGAGGCGCUGGCGCCAGAGGACCGCGCCCUGCUGGAGACCAACCCCGCCUACGUGCACCCGCUGCUGCCGGACGCCGUCAUCCUGCCGGGCACGGGGCCGCACGCCGUCGACUACAGCAGGACGCGCGGGCUGGAGGUGGUUGUGGGGCGCAAGGCGGGAGAAUCUGUGAUGCGGGGGGCCCACGUCUUUGCCCCGGGCAUGCUGGCUGUGUCGCCAGGCAUCGAAAAGGGGGACUUGGUGGCGGUGUCGGUGGGGCUGGAGCUGCCCGGCAGCGAUCGGUACGCCUACACCCGCGGUACCGUGCUGGGAUCAGAGCACGAGGCGAAGCAGGUGGAGGCGCUCGGGGGGCAGGCGCCUGACCGCAGCCGCCUGUUCAUCGGCAUAGGCCGGGCCGAGCUGAGCCGCACCGAGUUCUUCCAGGGGCGCGGCGGCAUCGCCGUCACCAUGCUGGAGCGAGUGUUCCGCACCCCCGGCUGCGGGGACAUCCUCCCCGGCGACUUCAUGCUGCAAAACGUGUGCUCCCUGGUGGCGGCGCACGUGCUGGCGCCCCGGCCGGGCGCCCGCGUGCUCGACAUGUGCGCCGCGCCGGGAGGAAAGACCACCGCCCUGGCGCAGCUGAUGGGAGACCGCGGGGAGGUGGUGGCUUUCGACCGUUCCCACGCCAAGGCAGCCGAGGUGCGGCGGCUGGCUGGCAGCUUCGGGCUGACGUGCGUGAAGGCGUACAAGAUGGAUGCCACCAAGGCGGUACUGCAGCCAGUACCACAACCAGGACCGGAGCUGGUACCACAGCAGCAGCAGGAGCAGCAGGAGAAAGAGCAUGGAGAGGCGACAGGGGCUGCAGCAGGAGCAGCAGCGGUGGCAGCAGCGGUGGCAGCAGGGGCAGGCGGCGCGAGCCCAGCCGAGGCCAGCAGCAGCGGCUGCGGGGCCGGCGCGCAGGUGGGCGAGGUGGCGGCGGCGGUGCCGAGCGGCGGUGGAGAGUCAGCGGUGGAGAGCCGGGGGCGGCGUGGCGGUCGCACCCAGCCACCCAGCGCUGCGACGCUUCGCCGCCUGGAGCGCAUAGCGGCGUCGCGGCAGGCCCGCGGCCUGGACCCGGCGCCCUCGCCCCACCUGGCAGAGGGCAAGGAGGCGGCGGCGCCCGGCUUCCCGCCCGCAAGCUUCGACCAUGUGCUGUGCGAUGCCCCCUGCACCGCGCUGGGGCUGCGCCCCAGGCUGGUGCACCGCCAGACGCUGCGCGAGCUGGACCAGACGGCGGCGUACCAGCGCAAGCUGCUGCGGGUGGCGGUGGCGCUGGUACGCCCGGGGGGGGCCCUGGUCUUCUCCACCUGCAGCAUCAACCCGGGCGAGAAUGAGGCUAAUGUGCGGUGGCUGCUGGACACCUUCCCCGGCAUGCGCCUGGUGCAACAGGCGCCGCGGUUGGGCCAGCCGGGGCUCACAGGCAACGUGGUGCUGCCCUGCGGCCGCACUCAGCAGCUGCUGAGCGAGAAGGAGGCAGCGCUGGUGCAGCGCUUUGACCCAUCUGCCCCGCUGGAUACAAUCGGCUUCUUUGUCGCCAAGUUUGAAAAGGACGCUUGA